AUGUUCGAUGAUGGCGAUGAUAUGGGGAUAAAAAUGGAUGGAAUUGAUAUGUUUUCGGGGCCUACAUCGCAACAAAACGACGAAUAUGUGGGUAACGAUAACAGUUAUCUACCUUACCAACAAAAUCAAGACCCAAUCAGCAAUAAUUUCGCCUUAAACGAUCAAUACCCCUACAUACAACCCCCUGCGAAUAUUUACGAGUCUCCGGGAUCCCCCGAUUACGACUCCAACCAAAUGAGCUUCCAAAUCAACGACAACCAAAACGAAAUUCAACCCGAUCCCAACUUCGAUCUUUACCAAAACCCUCAAGAUGUCGCCACCGUCAACGAUGAGUCAUCCGCGGAAGAAAUUAAUUCGAAUUUCCCGCCGAUUUCUUGCCCGACCGUUUUUAAAUACAAUUACGACCCGAAAUACGGAGGGUAUUAUGGGUUCGUGCAAAUUCCCCGUCCAAGCGGCGAUAUUAAAUACGACGCCGAAAUCAACAUGACGAUUAACCGGCCGGUUUCGCAACAAGACAACAUUAAAUUGCAAUUAAUGUCGACGGCGAACGAAAUUUAUUACGGACAAACGUUAGAGUGGGCCGUCAAAUUUCCGUAUCAAGAUUUAUUGCCAAAAUUAACCCAAAUUAAAUUCAACGGAAUGGUGAUUUGCUCGAAUUAUCCCGAUCCAUUGAUCCCGGGGGUUACCCAAUCAUCAAUGUGGGCGAAAUCGUCGAUUUCGUCCGGAAAAAAAGAUACCGAACCCGAAUCGCCGCAAACGGACUUGAGGAAAAAGCGCAGAAAGAAAUCUAAGAAGCGCAGGAAGAAUCGCAAGAAUCAAAAAGGACGAAGAAAAGUACCUUAUGGCGUCCCAGCACCGGUUUACACGGCGAGUUUGAAUCCGUACGCGGGGUUGGAACAUCCCGACGAAUCCAUCGGGUUUAACGAGAUGCCCGGGGGUCCGAUUCAACCGACUCGAUCAGGAAGUCCUUAUUUACCAUACGGAUUGCUGUAAAAAAGGAUUAAUAAAGAAAUUAAAUUGAA